CUGGAGAAUUCCUGCAGACUUCAGGAGCAUCGAACAAUGGCGGCAGUGACGGAGGCUUGGGAGACUCUCAAGCACGCUAUCGAAGCCUACACCGGCUUAUCGGUGGCGACCUUCUUCACUGUCUUGGCCGUCGCUGCAGCUUUCUAUUACGCCCUGUCUGGCCUCUUCGGUGCCCCCCCUGCUCCCCCGCCGAGCAAACGCGAGCUGGAGGCGAUGGAGCCGCUGCCACCGCCUGUGCAGAUCGGAGAGGUCACUGAAGAGGAGCUUAGGGUUUAUGAUGGGACUGAUCCCAAGAAGCCCCUUCUUAUGGCCAUCAAGGGCCAAAUCUAUGAUGUCUCUCAGAGCAGAAUGUUUUAUGGACCAGGAGGCCCAUAUGCUCUGUUUGCUGGCAAAGAUGCUAGCAGGGCUCUAGCUAAGAUGUCUUUUGAGGAGAAUGAUUUGACUGGAGAUAUCUCAGGCCUUGGUCCGUUUGAGCUCGAAGCGUUGCAGGACUGGGAGUACAAGUUCAUGAGCAAAUAUGUUAAAGUUGGAACAAUCAAGAAAACUGUCCCUGUGGUGGAUGAGGCUACUGCUGAUGGAUCUAAAUCAUCUCAAGUAGCUGCUCAAACUACUGAAGCCAAGGCAACUGACAGCAAUGUUGUUCAAGAUGCUAGUGAGCAACAGAAGGAAAUUGAUCCAGUGGAAAGCACGAAAGAGUGAAUGUCUUCGGCUAUGUCUUCAUAAAGAUACUAAGAACAAGCAGCGGUUGUUUGAUUCUGUUUAAUCAGCCCUUCUUUAUUACUAGAACUAGUCAACUUGUAGCGGUGGCACACUUUACAUGCUGUUCCAGAAAUAAAUACCGCAUGAAAAACUUGCUAUCUUUUUUUCAUAUCCGUACAUUGUAAAAGCACUCGAUGAUUACAUCAAACUCUGCUGCAAAAUUUAUCUUUACCGGCAAUAAUAUUGCAGAAGAACAGAAAAUUCUCUGCAAUUUGUCCAGA